GGUAAUGGGCGGGGUUUGAGAGCAGAGGGCGCCUGUGUGCAUCGGUUUCUGUUGAACGGGAUAUUUCUCUGAACUGAAAGGUGCUGUUCAUGUGAACUGGACCAGCAUUUACACAGUACUGCAGAUAUGGAGCCCAGACAACAGGGUUCAUUGGACAAAGAGCCUUUAAAGGAAGUGGAUGAGGACAUAGUAUCAGAGGUGGAUCUCAACAACACUGUCACAGAAGAGGAGCGAGAAGAAAUGGAGAAUGAACUGACUAAGUUAGAAGAAGAAAUCACAACUUUAAAACAAGUCCUGGCCUCCAAAGAAAAGCGUCACUUGGAGCUGAAACAGAAACUUGGGAUCACACCCCUGUGUGAACUCCGACAGAACUUCUCCAAGAGCUGGUACGACAUGCAGACCAGCACUGCAUACAAAAAGACGUCGGAGACCCUGUCUACGGCAGGACAGCGGACCUCAGCAGCCUUCAGUAACCUGGGCAAUGCCAUCAGCAGGAAAUUCGGAGAUAUAAGGUCAUAUUCUCUUGGCUAUUCUAUACGGCAUUCAAUGAGCUUGCCUACAAUGAGGAACUCGCCUAGUUUCAAGUCCUUUGAGGAGAAAGUCGAAAGCACAGUUUCAAACAUUAAGCAGUCUAAAGUUGGAGGAACUGGAGGUGCGGGCAGUUUUGAAGAGGUCCUGUCUUCAGCGGCCCAAGCCAGCUCCCAGGACACCCCUACUAAUAACAUGACCAAGAACAAUGAAUGCUAAGGGUUUAAAUGGUCUACCAGUGAAACAUUGAUGACCCUUAAUGGUUUGGAGAGCACUGUGAAAAACUUGUUGGUGCAUUGUCUGUGCAAAAUAUUUCUUAACUUUUGCAUUGAAGAAAAACAACCAACUGGAGAAUGUUUAUUCUUUAAGUUCUUUUCAAAAUAUGUAUAUUUUUCGAGGAGACUGUCUUUGGAUUUAGUCCUGCAUUACUUUAUUAUUUAAACUAACUCAACAUUGUUUAACUGUAACAAAGCUUGAUACAUUUCCAAAAAUAAUGGCUGCGUAUACAAUCCUAAGAGAAGUACUUAAAAGAAUGUUUAACAAAAUGGAUGUUAGACUUUGUUUUCCUGAAUGUUAAUGCUUUUAUUCUUGCUGCAUGCCUAUAACUUCAGCACAUAUUUGCUGAUAACAGAUGCAAACAACUAAUUUAAAAAAGUGGAUUUACAUUUCACUGCAAUUUAUUAGCUUUUCUGAUAUGCCUGAUUUUAAAUGUAAUGUAUUGGAAACCAUAAUUGUCACUGGCCAAAAAUUAUUGUAUCCGUUUUUUUUUUUUUUUUCUUGAUACAUAAUGUGUUGCAGCUUUACUUAACAUUGACAUUGAAGUCAAUUGUUGUUUUAAGGAACAGGAUUUUAUAGCUAAAAUCUUUCUUCAAAGUCAUUCUCAGUGUUGAGAUGCCGUUUAUUAUUAAUGUCAUUAAACGUUUUUUUU